AUGACCUUUGGAGACAAGGACUCCAUCUUCCUGAAGACGGAGCACUUAGUGCCUCCCUCCGUUCCCCCGCCCCGCGCAGGCCUCCCAUCCUCCAGGGCCAGGCGGAGGCCACGUCUUUCCCGGGCCCCCUCCCCAACGCGGAGAGGGAGGCGGAGGGAGGAGCUCGGCCCGCAGCCGCCAGCCCUCUCGGCACUGGAGCUCCCCCUCCCCUCCUUCUCCGCCCCUCGGCUGCCGCAGCCCGGAUCGCCGCGCGCGUCAGCGUGGGCUCCCCGGAGCGAGUCGCUAGGUGCGCACUGCUCUGCGUGCGGCCGGGUGGGCGCCCCGCCGCUGCGGUCAUGGUCGCCGCUGGUCCUCCCUCCGAGCCCCGGCGCGGGGCAUGAGGAGCCCCCGGGUGCCGCCCAAAGACCAGCCGGCUGCGCGCACACCUCGCCAGCGGCAGACGGGGACAUGAGCAGCGCGCACAGGGUCCCGCGCCCGGCGGCCAGCCCCAUCCGGCGGCGGCCCGCGGGUCAACGCUGCCCGGGAGAAUGAGGCAGGAGCCGGCGGCAGCCUCCUUUUUUUCCUCCCCUUCGCCUUCCUGCGGCUCCGGCGCUCCGGACCCGGGCCGAGCUUUGGCUCUGCUGCGUGCCCCGCGCGCCCCCCAACCGGCUCCGGAUGCGCUUCUCGGUUAGCCUGGUGAGGAAGACAAAGACAUUUGCAACCAAGAUGGUAAUCACGAGUGGAAAUGAUGAAGACAGAGGAGGUCAAGAAAAAGAAAGUAAGGAGGAGAGUGUCUUGGCAAUGCUGGGGAUUAUCGGGACCAUUCUGAACCUGAUUGUGAUCAUAUUUGUCUACAUAUACACCACCCUGUGAAUGGCCCAGAGCGUCCUCAGAGGCCUCGGGAUGGCCGGAGACGGAAGUCCUGCGUGCCGGCGUAUCACUGACCAGACCCUGCGAGAACCAGCAGGCUUGACCCACCCACACCACCCAAUCAAAUGCACCUUCAGACUUUACAGAAGGUCACACAAAUAGACCGAUCCUGCUGCAGGGAGCAGACACUAAAGCACAAUGAUUCCAACAAAACUCAUUCACAGCACUAGGAACUCAACGUCUUUGGCAGGGGGCCCAGAAGAAUGCUUGGACAACCAGCCUCUGACACCAUCAGUGAGCAGAUGGGUGCAGAAAUUCAUUAUUCGAGAUCGCUGACGGAUAUCACAUAUUUGAAAAGAUGAAUAGGGUGGACACGGCUCAGAUGUGUGUCUCCCAGGACAAGUGUUUCAUCUUUACUUGACGAGCUAUUUAGUGGAAAAACCACAGGGGCAGCCCUUUGACAGGCAUCCCAUUCAUCAAAAGUGUCUAACUAUUUGAUACUGGGGAGAUAACUUAUUUUUCUUUUUUCAUUGGCUUGAUGUGUGUAUCUGUUCAUAUCAAGGUUUAUAAAUAUAUAUUUUUAAUAAAUGUGCUCUAUUUUUUAGCAUGAACCAAAUACUUGGAAAGGCACUCCCAGAUCCAUAGAGCUUUCCUUGGUUUUAUCUGCUUUGUCCCUUCCUCCCCCAACUGCAGGUGUUCUCUUGUGGAGCCAUUCUAGUCCUCUUGUCUCAUCUCGAAUCUUUUACUUUUGCGCUCUUGUUCUCUCUCUCUCUCUCCUUCUCUCUCUCUCUGCCUCUUUGGUCUGAAGGACAUUUUCCCAUACUACCAGCCAUGGUUUUGGUUGGUGCAUGUUUCAAGAUUGUCUAUUGAGUGGCUUUUUGUUGUUCUCUCGGAGAUGUCAAACGAUUGUGGGCAUGCAGACCUUAGAUGCACCCUAUCUUUACUGAGAAUUAUGCAUGAAUAAGGGCUGAGUGAUAGGUCAGCUUAAAAUUAAAAGGACUACCGUUGAGGAAGAAGAGCGUGGCUAUAUUUGCAGAUGAACUUUUGAACAGAAUAUUCAGCUUCUUAUUGGCAGCGUUAUUGUUUCAUUCUUGUGACCAUUCGUUUAUCAGAUUUUGAUUUUAGUGGUCAUGUACCGUGACAGUUGGGAAGAACAAGGCGGAAAGCUCAGAACUAGGUGCAUUACUCCUUCCUUGGCAAGAUUCCUGGGAUCCUCUUCAAAAGUGGGUGGGGUGUAAAUGACACAAGAACUCCCCCAUGAGAGCUCAUGGUGGUUCAGGCUGUGAGGACAGCCCUAUGACAAGUGACUUUUCAGGGGCAUGAGGAGGGGAUUUAAUGAUUGCCCUAAAGGACUGCUGCAUUUUUAAAGCCCCUGGUUUAUACCCACAUGAAGCAACUUCCUCUCUGGCAGGGAUGGUUGCAUAAAAACAAAUUGGCUCCCCUCUCCUGGCUCCCUGAAAUGGGCCCUUGCCUGGCUACAGUGACAUGGCCUAAAAGAGAGGGUUAGUAUUCCUUCUGCCAUUGCCAGCUGUAUUAAUCUGUUUUCACACUGCUGAUAAAGACAUCCCCAAGACUGGGCAAUUUACAAAAGAAAGAGGUUUAUUGGACUUAGAGUUCCAUGUGGCUGAGGAGGCCUCACAAUCAUGGUGGAAGGUGAAAGGCACGUCUCAUAUGGUGGCAGACAAGAAAAGUGAACAUGUGCAAGGAGACUCCCAUUUUUAAAACAGAUCUCGUGAGACUUACUCACUAUCAUGCAAACAGCAUGGGAAACCUGCCCCUGUGAUUCAGUUACCUCCCACUGGGUCACUCCCACAACACGUGGGGAUUCAAGAUGAGAUUUGGGUGGUGUGACAGCCAAACUGUAUCACCAGCCUUGCCCCUAGGCAAAAGCAGCGGCAGUCUGCCUGGCUGGAUUCAAAUGAUUCUGAGGCUUCUAUAGCCUAUGCCUCCGUAUUUCUCCCUCACCCAUGCUGUGGUGUCUGAAAUUCCAUCAUUAGAGAGUCAUUUCUUGGGCUCUGUUAGAGACCAGGCUCUUUUAUAAAGCAAAUGCUCCUGAGCAGCUGGCUCUGGCAUUGAUUUAUCAGAUAUCUUCUCUUCCCUGCCAGAAGGAAGGAAGCUAAGGUGCAUGUAGGGCAUACUGUGUGCCCAGGCACUGUGCCAGAAGCUUUAGAUACUUGGAGUCAUUUAAUUCUCAUAGUAACCCUGUGAGAGAGGCAGGUUUUCCUCCCCCACGUUGUAGAAGAAGGGAAAAUGGUUCAGAGAGAUCAAGAAAUGUCCCUGAGAUCACAUUGCUCCUAGUGGAGUCAGGAUCCAAACCCAAUGUGUCUGAUUCCUUAGCCCUUGGGGGUCUGGAGGCUGCUGAACAAGAGAGGAGGUGGAGAGGAGAGAAAGCCGCAGGAAUACCACCGUACACCCUUCUCCCUCCCCUGUAAAAACAACCCUGGGAACUCCUUGGACACUAGCAGAAUAUCAUACACUAAGGACAAGGGAUGAGAGGAGGCUGGUUAGAAAUAAAGCAAUGUCAGGAGAAAGGAGCUACUCAGUAGGCUCUAUGUGAUUCUAGAAAGACUGUAUGAAAAUUCUGAACAUUGAACAGAAUAAACAAUAAAGGUGCAAUGGAAAAAAAUA